GUCUUGUUAUAUAAAAAAUUAUAAGUUAGUCAUAGGUUGCGAAAAAAAAAAUCUAUCAAAAUGUCAGGAUUUUUAAUGAUGAAUAUUAUUUUUUUGACAGUUAUUGCUUGUGUUCAGCCCGAUCCUACUAAUAUCAGAAAAUGCGACUCGCCAUGUGGAGAAAAUGAAACGUGCGAUGAUUGUGGAAAUCUCUGUGAAAUUAAUUGUUCAAACCCAGAAGGCGGAGCUUGUAGUUUUGUGUGUGCUCCGCCAGCAUGUGUAUGUCAAAAAGGAUUUGCAAGAGACAACUCGACUAAUAAAUGCGUCGAAAUAGACGAAUGUCCUCAAGACGACUGAAUAAGGAAAAAUUUACUUAUUAAUACUUAUGCCAAUUUUUAAUUGAUAAAA